GUGAUUUGGUUGAUUUGUUGUGGUGUAUUUUAUUCCCAGAUUUGAUUGAAUUUAAGAAGACCUUCCUUGGGUACUGAAUGUUUGGUGACCAACUUCGCAGCCUGAAAAAGAUUGCUCGAAUCUAGAGUAUCACAAGGACAACUGUAGUAGAAGCUGUAAGGUUGAAGUUAGGUUGAGGAAGCUGUGUUCCGAAAAUCGUUGUCUACUAUGGUGAACAAGAGCAAGAGUGGGUGUAAAAUCGUUCAUAUACCAGACAAGCCACCCAUUUCACCUCAUCUACAACCCACCGUGGAUGUACAUGCUACAGUUGUUGAACCUAAACUUGCCAGCACUCUUGUAAGGAAAUUAAAUCAAAUUGCACCAUUGGAAAAUCUUCGCCAUGUUAAGCGUGUUCGUAAACAGUGUCUUGAUGGAGCAACCCAUGCAGCACUGCCUGCUGCAAGAGAGAGAGAGAGGUUGGACUUGGUUGAAAUCGCUGUGGACUCAUUUGCUAAAAGUGGUUUUUGUGAAAAUCACAGACCCAACUGCUUUAGCCGGUGGAGUUUCUUCCGUUAA